AUGGCAUCGCAGCUGCAGGUGUUUUCCCCCCCAUCAGUGUCGUCGAGUGCCUUCUGCAGUGCAAAGAAACUGAAAAUAGAGCCCUCUGGCUGGGAUGUGUCAGGACAGAGCAGCAACGACAAGUAUUAUACUCACAGCAAAACCCUUCCAGCCACGCAAGGACAAGCCAACUCCUCUCACCAGGUAGCAAAUUUCAACCUCCCUGCUUACGACCAGGGCCUCCUCCUCCCAGCUCCUGCCGUGGAGCAUAUUGUCGUAACAGCCGCUGACAGCUCUGCCAGUGCGGCUACAUCAACCUUCCAAAGCAGCCAGGCCCUGACUCACAGAAGCAACGUUUCUCUGCUGGAGCCCUAUCAAAAAUGUGGAUUGAAAAGAAAAAGUGAGGAAGUUGACAGCAACGGUAGCGUGCAGAUCAUAGAAGAACAUCCCCCUCUCAUGCUGCAAAACAGGACUGUGGUGGGUGCUGCUGCCACGACCACCACUGUGACCACGAAGAGUAGCAGUUCCAGCGGGGAAGGGGAUUACCAGCUGGUCCAGCACGAGAUCCUUUGCUCUAUGACCAACAGCUAUGAAGUCUUGGAGUUCCUAGGCCGGGGGACGUUUGGCCAAGUGGCUAAGUGCUGGAAGCGGAGCACCAAGGAAAUUGUAGCUAUUAAAAUCUUGAAGAACCACCCCUCCUAUGCCAGACAAGGGCAGAUAGAAGUGAGCAUCCUGUCCCGCCUCAGCAGUGAAAAUGCUGAUGAGUAUAAUUUCGUCCGUUCGUAUGAGUGCUUUCAGCAUAAGAAUCACACCUGCCUUGUGUUUGAGAUGCUGGAACAGAACUUGUAUGAUUUUCUAAAGCAGAACAAGUUUAGCCCACUGCCACUCAAGUACAUCAGACCCAUCUUGCAGCAGGUGGCCACAGCCCUGAUGAAGCUUAAGAGCCUCGGUCUGAUUCACGCCGACCUGAAGCCCGAAAACAUAAUGCUGGUUGAUCCGGUGCGCCAGCCCUACCGAGUGAAGGUCAUUGACUUUGGUUCCGCCAGUCAUGUUUCCAAAGCGGUGUGCUCCACCUACUUACAGUCACGUUACUACAGAGCCCCUGAAAUAAUUCUUGGAUUACCAUUUUGUGAAGCUAUUGAUAUGUGGUCAUUGGGCUGUGUGAUAGCUGAGCUGUUCCUGGGAUGGCCUCUUUAUCCUGGUGCUUCUGAAUAUGAUCAGAUUCGUUACAUUUCACAAACACAAGGCCUGCCAGCCGAAUAUCUUCUCAGUGCUGGGACAAAAACAACCAGGUUUUUCAACAGAGACCCUAAUUUGGGUUAUCCACUGUGGAGACUGAAGACACCUGAAGAACAUGAGUUGGAGACUGGAAUCAAAUCCAAAGAAGCUCGGAAGUACAUUUUUAAUUGUUUAGAUGACAUGGCUCAGGUGAAUAUGUCUACAGACUUGGAAGGAACAGACAUGUUGGCAGAGAAGGCGGAUCGAAGGGAAUACAUUGAUCUGUUAAAAAAAAUGCUAACAAUUGAUGCAGAUAAAAGAAUCACGCCUCUGAAAACUCUUAAUCAUCAAUUUGUGACAAUGACACACCUUCUGGACUUCCCACAUAGCAAUCAUGUUAAGUCUUGUUUCCAGAACAUGGAGAUCUGCAAGCGCAGGGCGCACAUGUAUGACACAGUGAGUCAGAUCAAGAGUCCAUUCACCACCCACGUUGCCCCAAACACAAGCACAAACCUCACAAUGAGCUUCAGCAACCAACUCAGUACAGUGCACAAUCAGGCCAGUGUUCUAGCUUCCAGUUCUACCGCAGCAGCUGCUACUCUUUCUCUGGCCAAUUCAGACGUCUCACUGCUUAACUACCAGUCAGCUCUGUACCCCUCAUCUGCAGCCCCAGUUCCUGGAGUGGCCCAGCAGGGUGUUUCCUUACAGCCUGGAACCACCCAGAUUUGUACUCAGACAGAUCCAUUCCAACAAACAUUUAUUGUAUGCCCACCUGCUUUUCAAACUGGAUUACAAGCAACAGCAAAGCAUUCUGGAUUCCCUGUGAGGAUGGAUAAUGCUGUGCCCAUUGUACCUCAGGCACCAGCGGCGCAGCCACUGCAGAUACAGUCAGGAGUGCUCACCCAGGGAAGCUGCACACCACUAAUGGUAGCAACUCUCCACCCUCAAGUAGCCACCAUCACGCCGCAGUACGCGGUUCCCUUUACCCUGAGCUGCGCAGCCGGCCGGCCGGCGCUGGUUGAACAGACGGCCGCUGUACUGCAGGCUUGGCCUGGAGGAACUCAGCAAAUUCUCCUGCCUUCAACUUGGCAACAGUUGCCUGGAGUAGCUCUGCACAACUCUGUCCAGCCCGCAGCGGUGAUUCCCGAGGCCAUGGGCAGCGGCCAGCAGCUCACAGACUGGAGGAAUGCCCACUCUCACGGCAACCAGUACAGCACGAUCAUGCAGCAGCCACCUUUGCUCACUAACCACGUGACUUUGGCCACUGCUCAGCCGCUGAAUGUUGGUGUUGCCCAUGUUGUCAGACAGCAGCAAUCCAGUUCCCUCCCUUCAAAGAAGAACAAGCAGUCUGCUCCAGUCUCUUCAAAGUCCUCUCUGGAUGUUCUGCCUUCUCAAGUCUAUUCUCUGGUUGGGAGCAGCCCCCUCGCCCCUGGCCAGGACCAGCACCAGCCAAUCAUAAUUCCAGAUACUCCUAGUCCCCCUGUGAGUGUCAUCACUAUCCGCAGUGACACUGACGAGGAAGAGGACAACAAAUUUAAGCCUAACAGCUCUGGCCUGAAGCCAAGGUCUAAUGUCAUCAGUUAUGUCACUGUCAAUGAUUCUCCAGACUCUGACUCCUCUUUGAGCAGCCCAUAUUCCACUGACACCCUGAGUGCUCUCCGGGGCAACAGCGGGCCCCUUAUAGAGGCGCCUGGCAGAGGCGUGGGGGAUGGCACUGGCACCCGCACCAUCAUUGUGCCUCCACUGAAAACUCAGCUUGGCGACUGCACUGUAGCAACCCAGGCCUCAGGUCUCCCGAGCAGUAAGGCCAAGCCAGUGGCCUCGGUGAGUGGGCAGUCGUCCGGAUGCUGCGUCACCCCCACAGGGCACCGGGCGCAGCGCGGGGGGGCCAGCGCGGCGCAGCCGCUCAACCUUAGCCAGAACCAGCAGCCAUCGUCAGCUCCAACCUCGCAGGAGAGAAGCAGCAACCCUGCCCCCCGCCGGCAGCAGGCGUUUGUGGCGCCGCUCUCCCAAGCCCCCUACGCCUUCCAGCACGGCAGCCCACUGCACUCGACGGGGCACCCUCACCUGGCCCCGGGCCCUGCUCACUUGCCGAGCCAGCCUCACCUGUAUACGUAUGCUGCCCCCACCUCUGCUGCUGCGCUGGGCUCCACCAGCUCCAUCGCUCACCUCUUCUCCCCACAGGGCUCCUCAAGGCACGCUGCCGCCUACACCACUCACCCCAGCACUCUGGUGCACCAGGUCCCUGUCAGUGUGGGGCCCAGCCUCCUCACCUCUGCCAGCGUGGCCCCUGCUCAGUACCAACACCAGUUUGCCACCCAGCCCUACAUCGGGUCUUCCCGAGGCUCAGCAAUUUACACUGGAUACCCACUGAGUCCCACCAAGAUCAGCCAGUACUCCUACUUGUAGCUGGUGAACAGGAGGGAGGAGGCUGCGUCGUGGCCUGUUCUUGACCCUGAAUUCAUAGUGGCGGUCUGAUGAGCUCCUCCCUGACCCUUUCUUGAAACUCCUAGCCAGCAACUUGUUCUGCAGGGCCCACUGAAGCAGGGGGUUUUCUCUGAGGAACCUGCCUCGGUGUUGACUGCAUUAUUGUAGUCUCCCAAAGUCUGCCCUAUUUUUUAAUUCUUUAUUUUUGUGACAGCGUUUUUAGUAUUUGGAAGCGUCCAGAUGCCCACCUUCUGUAGUUACCGAGGAGGAGAAAUGGUUCUGAAGUUACUCUUUGAAAGGUCUUGGGUAUGAUUUCUGUAAAUGCGUUUCAAAACAGAUGAAGCCCCUCUUUAUUUUACAUUGUUCUAUGGUAAUUGCCGGUCAGAGGGAAAACGCUGAUAGAAGGAAUUGAAAUCUGAUUAUAGCGAGAAGAAAAAAAUCAUUCCUUUUUUCUUGUUUAAAAACCUAGGCUUAAUUGUCUAUUAUAAAGCAGCUUAUUCAAGCGUGUAUGUAACUCUCGGCCAUUUCUCCUCAAAAUUUUACUUUGUUAGUGGGACACUUAAGUACUUUAGUUUGGUUUUCGUGUCAUGUUGUACUUAGUAGACAAUUUUAUUUUUGCAAGACUGGUCUAACCCUACUCUGCGUUAAUGUUCGGAUCCUCUCAGUUGCUUCUGUGUUUACCACAGUGUAAAAAGGCAGCUCACCACUUGCUGAUAACCUAGUGUGAGAGAAUCCUUACCUACCGCGAACGCACCGGGCGGGCUUUCAGAUGAAGCGCCGCUCAUUCUUUUUAAAUUAUUUUUUAAAAAGUCCUUCUUUCUCCGACUCAACUUAAAUUUUAUUAUUGGAAAAGCCAUUAAGGUGGUGACUAGUGUAUGGUGGUGGUGAUUUUAUUAUAUGCAGAAUCUCUGUAUUAUGUGAUACUGGCAUUGAUGAGUUUUGUCUAAAGAUUAGUAUGAAUUUUCAGUAAUCCACCUCUCUCUCGUUGCCUCAUCUCUCCCUUCUGUUCUAUGUGAUUUAUUUUGGGAGAAAGCGAAAGAAUCUGAAACCAGAUAAGAACGUUGUUGUGAAUAGCUUUUAUACUUUACAGUAGCUUCCUUUGUAUGCCAGCAGCAAAUUGAAUGCUCUCUUAUUAAGACUUAUAAAAUAAGUGCAUGUAGGAACUGCAAAAAAAAAAUAUUUUAAAAAUUUAUUACUAAAUUUAAAAUAUUUUAGAAGUUUUGUAAUGGUGGUGUUUUAAUAUUUUGCAUAAUUAAAUAUGUACAUAUUGAUUAGAAAAAUAUAACAAGCAAUUUUUUCCUGCUAACCCAAAAUGUUAUUUGUAAUCAAAUGUGUAGUGAUUACACUUGAUUGUGUAUUUAGUGUGUAUCUGAUCUCCAGUGUUACCCGGGAGAUGGAAUUGAUGUCUCCAUUGUAUUUAAACCAAAAUGAACUGAUACUCGUUGGAAUGUAUGUGAACUAAUUGCAAUUAUAUUAGAGCAUAUUACUGUAGUGCUGACUGAGCAGGGCAUUGCCUGCAGGAGAGGAGACCCUAGGGAUUGUUUUGCACAGGUGUGUCUGGUGAGGAGUUGUUCAGUGUGUGUCUCUUCCUCCCCUCUCUCCUUCCCUUAUUGUAGUGCCUUAUAUGAUAACGUAGUGGUUACUAGUUUACAGUGAGCUUGCCUUAGGACGACCAGCAAGCCCCGUGGGCCCUAAGCUGUUCACUGGGAUUUAUCAAAGCAGGAUCAGCAGCUAGCGGCGUUGUGUAAAUGCAUUGUUCUCAGUUUCCCUGCCGACUCUGAAAAAUAACAACAGCAGCUUUUCCCCUUCCCGUCACCUCUGCCCCCUUCCCUUCUGGAAUCUCAGCUGAGUUCUCGGUGCGUUUCCCCACGUGGCUCUCCCCAUGCACUGCCACCCAGCCUCCGUGAGAACGCGGGGAGCGGGUGGGAGGAGUCAAGCCCAUAGUGUAAAGUCCUUUUUUUUUCUUUUUUACAAAGUAUGUGCAAUCAUUUUUAGAAUGAGGUUUUUUCCUUCACUUUCCCACAGGGCAGUCCUUCCUGCAAAUAGUUGACAUUCCCAGUAAAAUACUUGCUUGUUGAAAAACAUGUAACGGAAGUUUUCAUACCAAAGAGCCUGUUGUAUUGCUUACCCUGGCCCCUACCACGCGGAGCUGCUGAGCCGCGGGUGACAGGACCGCAGGAAGGUUUCUCGGCCGGUGACGACAUGAAGGAACCAAAGUCUGUUGGGUUAUUGGGCUUUUGAGGUUUCCUUUCUUUUUCUUUUUGUUUCUGUAUUCUUGGGGCCCUUCAGACUGUGAAACUGUCCUUGUACUCUCGACUUCUGCGCGGAUCUCGGUCACGUGGAGGGGACUAGGGAUAGGUUUGUUCCUGCUCACAGAAGACUCUGGGCAAGAAGGUUAACCCUGAGCUACAGGUGUGUUCCAUCUGAACUGACAGUUACGCAUGUGAGGGAUGAGUCUAGGACUGGUUCUUUGUGGUGAUGGCGUCAAGGAGGUGCGGGAUGGAGACGGGAGAUUUCAUGGAGCCUGGCCAGGAUGGCCAGGCUGAACACCAGGGGCUGUCACGGCAUUUACAGUUUCUUCACUGUCGGGAGGAAGGGCUUCCAAGAUGGGCAGAUGGUCAAUACAGCCUACCAGGAACAUGUUGGUGUUUUCUCUCUAUAUUUUUAUCACUGUAUUAAUUGUGUUUGCAAGAUACCCAAGCAGUUUGUAUAGUUUUUGUCACUAGUGUUAGUUUUCUGGUCAACAUGUGUGAUCUUUGUGUCUCGUUUUUGCUAAGCACAUUUUGAUUUUCUUGUUCAAAGGCAGAUCUAGUUUCUAAUGGAAAUAUUUUUUGUUCCUGUCUUUUCUCUGCAAGGAUAAGAUGUGUUGUUUUUGUAAGAAAUGAGAUGCAGGAAAAAAAACCAAAACACUCCACAGUUCAUGAAGUAGAUCCCAUUUAAGAUGGGAGUUCUCAACGGCAAAUAGACAAUAUCAACAGCUUGUAUUAUUUCCUUAGUCACUUUUCUAGCAUUGUGUGACUUUAAGCAUUUUGGAAAUUUCCAGUCUGUUGAUUUCAGUUUAUUGAUGCAGUGCUUUGAUAAAAUGGAUAGAUAUUCUGAUUCAUGUGACUGGUUUUGACUUCUGCUAGUCUCCCAAUUGGCAUCUCAAAUCUACCAAGAUCAAAAACUACUGCCUGUCAAAUGUAGCUGUGGCCAGGUGGGAGCCCCUUGAAAUUUGGUGAGCAGCUGGCCCAGGCCACAGUGACCUGACUUGGGACCAGCUUCAGGCUUUAAGUCUUCUCAGAACUUGCAUUUCCAGCUUCUCCCCUUCAGGUUGAGCGGAAAGUAGGGAAGGGCUCACUACAACCUCUCGGGGCUCAUCAGGACACUUGAGCCUUUCUGAGGGUUUAAUGGCUCCCAGGGGGUGAUAACUCCUGUCAGCACUCAGCUGAAGCACCAGCCCGGGGACUGUGAACCCCCUUCCCAGCAAUUCUGGCCGCCCACCGUCCUCCAGGAGAGGGUCUAAGCUUGUUGCCCUUAGGCAGGCAAGCACAGACAUGUGUGCUUGUAUCAGCAUUAUUAAUGCAGAACCCACUGGAUGGUUAGUUAGAGGGUAGGAAAUGAAGUUGCCUCUCAGUGACAGGAAUGGCCCAAGCCUGCUUCCUGUUUUAACUUUUUUUUUAAAACUGAUGGAUGGUGCAGCAUGUCUACAUGGUGGUUUGUUGCUAAACUUUAUAUACUGUGUGGUUUUGAGUCAGCUUGAAAAAUAAUCUCACUACAUGUAGCAGUACAUUAUAUGUACAUUAUAUGUAAUGUUAGUAUUUCUGCUUUGAAUCCUUGAUAUUGCAAUGAAAUUCCAACUUUAUUCAAUGUAAUUUGAUAUGCUAGUUAUUGUGUGUGAUUUAAACUUGUUUUUGCUUUCUCCCUUUUCUGGUUGUGCGCUUCCUUUUACAACAAGCCUCUAGAAACAGUUCCUGAGGAUUAUUGAGCUAUGUUUGUAAUGCAGAUGUACCUAGGGAGUAUGUAAAAUAAUCAUUUUAACAAAAGAAAUAGAUAUUUAAAAUUUAAUACUAACUUACGGGAAAAGGGUCCAUUGUGUAAAACAUAGUUUAUCUUUGGAUUCAAUGUUUGUCUUUGGUUUUACAAAGUAGCUUGUAUUUUCAGUAUUUUCUACAUAAUAUGGUAAAAUGUAGAGCAGUUGCCAUGCAUCAAUAAAAUGGGUAAAUU